AUAGGGGCGGUCCCUCGGAGGUCGCCUCUUCCGAGUGCGUUUCAGAAGUUUGCUGAUAGGAGACCGCGGAGGUCGGAAGAUUGCGGAGGCGGAGCUACAGGGAAGUCGCCUUUUCAGUGUUGGCUGGUCUACAUUGAUUCUUUCCUUGAAAACGCAAAAUACUUCUUAUUUUUUCUGCUUCUGUAUCUCGCUUCAAUUCAUGUGUGUGCAAUGGUGCGAUUUGAUGAAUCAAAACCUUGGGGUACUGCCUGCUUGGGGUUGCACAGUUUAAUGAAUCCCUAGUGGUUCUAUAUAUAUAUAUAUAGAGUAUUUUGUAUUGUUCUGAGUGAUUUUUACUCUCGAAAGUUGAGCAUCUAGGGUUUCUUCUGAGGCCGCUUUAGCUGGGACACAAAUGUUGUAGAUAAGCUUCAUACGAUAAAGCCACUUAGUUCUGCCUCAGCUUUGUCGCUCUUUCAUGAUUUAUCUUGCUAUUCCUUCGUCCAAACGGCUUUUAUAAUAGUGGAGGUGAUGACGAGUUUAGCAUUUCGGUCUGAAUGCCGGUUUUUAUCAUGCUAGCAAGUUUAUCCAUGAUAGAUGCUACAUCUUAGGGUUAAAGAUGCAUGCAACGUUGGUAAAUCCCUGGUAAGUUUUUUUCUAUUCAAGGCAGAAAUGAGCACUGAAGCAGGAGAUGCAAUUGAGACCCAUGGACUGGCCAUGGACAAAGAUAAGAGUAGGGUGCAGUGUAACUAUUGUGGGAAAGAGGUACGUGGAUUCAACCGGUUGAAGCACCACCUGGGAGGUGUUGGUAAUGACGUAGCUGCUUGUAUUGGGGCCCCUGAUGAUGUUAAGGCACGGAUGAAGGAUCUGUUGCUGGAGAAGAAGAAAGAGAGGCUUCUUAAGGAAGUUGGGGAGAUCUACCAUCCUGAUCUUCCUCUAAAGAGACAUGUCUCACCUCCUUUAAGCAACCCUAAACGUGCGCAAUUAAAGCUAACCCACCCUUUUCCUGCAUCAAGUUACGGAGAAGGUACCGCUGAAAUGAGAAAUAGGUUGAGUCAAAAUGUCAUUGAUCAUGCCGGACCAAGUCAAUCAGCUUCAUUGGGUAAGGGAAAGAAUGCCAUGGAGUCAAAUAAGAGUGGAAAUCCUUUUGGUGGCAUUCAUAUUUCAAGCACUUCAAGCAAGAUGGAAGAUGGAGAUGUUAUUGUGAAGGAAGAAGUGAAGGACGAUUCAUUCUCACAUGUAGCAAAGCUUAUAGGUUGUUUCUUCUUUGAGGCGGGCAUUGAUCCUAAUGUGAUCAAAUUAUCAUCUUUUCAGAAAAUGAUUGAUGCCAGCAUUAGAUGUGGAUUUGGGUUUAGGGUUCCUAGGCAUGAUGAGCUUAAGGGAUGGAUCCUUGAAGAGCAACUAAAAGAAGUGUGUAAACACGUUGAAAAUGUCAGAUCUUGUUGGGAAAGAACUGGAUGCAGCAUCCUUUUAGAUGGUUGGUCUGACCAACAGGGCAGAAGCUUGAUUCGUUUUCUGGUAAAUAGUCCACAAGGCACAAUAUUCCUAAGAUCUGUUGAUGCAUCGGAUGCCAUCAGCAACGCUGAUGCAUUGUUUGUGCUAUUUAGUAAAGUUGUAGAGGAGGUGGGAGUUCAAAAUGUUGUUCAGGUUAUUGCCCAUGAGAAGUCAUGUUACAUGGAGGCUGCUGGUAAGAAGUUGGUGGAAAAGUACAGGUCUUUAUUCUGGACAGUAAGUGCAGAUUAUUGCAUAAAUCUUAUUUUGGAGAAGAUAGGAAUGCUAGAUCACGUGAAGAAAGUUUUGUUUGAUGCUAAGUGCAUCACAAGGUUUAUUUACAGUCAUUUGCUACCGUUUGAGCUGAUGAGGAAGUGCAUUCAAGGGAGCUAUCUGGUUCGACAAUCAAAUUUGAAAUCAAUUUCUGAUUUUCUGACCCUGGGAAACAUUUUGUCUGAAAGAGAAAACUUGAUUUAUAUGUUCAAAUCAGAAGCAUGGAGCAGCUCUGAAUUGGCUUCUAGACCGCUGGGCAAAAAAAUUUGUGAGCUGGUUAAUGAUCCUUUUUUCUGGGCUUCAACUGCCGAUGUUACAAGGGUCACAAUUCCUCUAAUUCGUGUUCUGCAAAAGAUUGAUGGAGGUGAUACUGCUCCAAUGGGAUUCUUAUAUGAUGCGAUGGAUAGAGCUAAAGAAGGAAUUAAAGGUAAUCUUGGAGGCGAAGAAGCAAGAUACCUGCCCCUUUGGUCUAUAAUAGAUGAAAUAUGGGACAACUAUCUGCACUGCCCUCUUCAUUCUGCUGGUUACUAUUUGAAUCCAAAUUUAUUCUGCUCAAAUGAUUUCUUUGUUGACACUGAGGUCACUAAUGGUCUACUUGGUUGCAUAGUCCGAAUGGUUGAGGGCCAUAGCAGUCAAGCAUUGAUAGUUCCACAACUAGAAGCUUAUACAUUGUUGUCAGGGGCAACCCUCAAUGAGAUAGCAGUAGAGCAAAGAUCAAAAAUGCCACCAGCGCAAUGGUGGGCAUCUUAUGGGCAUCAAAGUCCUGAGUUGCAAAAAUUUGCUAUAAAAAUCUUAAGCCAGCCUUGUAGUGGUGCUUCACGAUUCAAGCUUAAGAAGGAUAUCUCAGAGCUGGUACAUGACAAAGGAAGGAGUUGUAUCGAACAGCAAAUGUUCUGCAAUAUGGAGUUUGUCCAAAACAAUCUCCGGCUAAGGGAUACCCCAUUAUAUUGUGAUCCAAGGGACUGCAUUGGCCCUGAAGACUCUUUCCUGAUGGAUGAUUGGAUUUCAAAGGGCUAGGAUUUCCAACAUGGAUACAACUGUAUAUAGAAUGCAAACUAAUUGCUGAAUAUUCCCCAUCUUUUUUGCAUCGUGACCAAUCUCAGCAUUGCCUCUGGGUUGGAUGAUGAAACUAUGUUUCUAUCAUUCCUUGCAUAAUUCACAUUAAGCAAAAUAUGAAGGCUUUGAUGGCGCUGCUGUGCUACUUAGGACCGAAAUAAAAGCUUGGACCCCCCUUCUGCUACCGUCUUGUUGUCGUCCUGGCAACAUUUGCUUGGCAACAAAAAUUGCAGAAUCUGGAAGUCUUGUUAUAUCCAUUUGAAAACUCAAGGUUAGCUACUCAUGCACGAAGAGCAUAAUGCGGUUUUUCCGGACAUUGUUCCCAAACAUAACACGACUGUCACACGACAUAUCAUAGCUGAAAUGGCAGUUGGCACACAAAUGUAUUAUUCUUGUGGGGGCACUGACGCACUGUUAGUAAAGAAUCAGUGAGAGUAGAACUGUUGUUUUUUAUUUAGCAUUUGGCAUAUUUGGCUAACCUGUUAUUCAUUCAGAGGUGUUUGACGCAGGAGAAAAACAGCGCUGAUUGAAUCGAUAUGUCGAAGUGUUGGUUAGAUUUUCAUUGUCAUCAUUUGUGUAAGAUGUUGGACCUGUUAGCUUUUCUAUAAUA